AGGAAAAGGAGGAGGCUGAGGACUACCCAGCAGUCAUAGUGGAAGAGAUUCCUAGUGCCAGCCUGGCUGAGGAGCAGAAUUACUCAGCCCAAGUGUUGUUGUAUGGUGAUGAGGCCUAUAUCAUGCAGGAAGUGGGAAACGAACAGGAAGUGGAGACAGAUCGGGACCCAGGUCAACAACGCUCUCAGCCGCUCACACUUACCAGCGGUCUCAUCAGCACUCUCCCCUUGGUUGCGUCCACUCAAGUGACCGAUGCUAUCGCCAACUUUCUCAUCGUGGACCUCCAGCCGCCGUCUCUCGUGGAAGGUGAAGGCUUCAGAAAGCUGAUUCUCGCACUGCUGCCUAAUUACAAGGAGCUGCCAUUGUCCUGUCAGCUCGAGAGUCUGCUGACGGACCACCACGCCCGAGGCAAGGCGAGCCUGGCUCGGCUGCUCAGGAGGAAAAGUGAGAGCGGAGAGAGCGAGGAGGUUAGGGACUACACUGCUCCCAUUGAGUUCGAGCACAGGAGACGUGGGCGAGCUUCCAGCAGUCAGAAGGAAGUUCCUUACUUUGUGACGUUGAGCGUAGAGGUUUGGCUCCACAACUGGCAGGGAAACACUGAGAGGUACCUCACGCUCUGGGCGCACUACGUAGACAGUAGCUUUAGCUUUCAGAACGUUGCUUUGGCGACCCAGCGGCUGACAGAGAGUGGUGGGGAAGAGCACGCCGUCCGAACGGUGGAAGCCCAGGUGAAGGCGAUGGCGCACGAGUGGGGAAUCUCCCAGCCUAAUCUGAUGUUGCUGGGAGGCGAGAUAAGGAACAAGAUGAGGACACAGCCAGUAAAGAGCAAGAAGGGGGCAGAGGUCGCAGGAAGCGCCUCCCACCCGAACUCAACAACGUUCCUAGAGAGGGAAGACUCUGUGUCGCCCGGGGAGCCGGAGCACGCUGACAGUAGUGAAGGACUUCCGUCUGUCCCUUGUUUCUUCAGAGCCGUGCAAGACUGUGUGGAGGAAGUGAUGUCACAUCCCGUCGUCUCCAAAACUCUCAGCCAGUUCCAGAGUUUUCUCUCCACCCUGUUCUUACCAGUUGCUCAGAAUAAAUGCUCAUACCAGCCUCAUACCCAGAACCUCCUCAAAAGUCUGACGAAACAGGAGCGUGCCAGACUUGCGUCGUGGGCACACAGCCAGCCAACCUGGAAUAACCUUUACACUUUACUGAGCAUGCUCAUCAGACACAAAAGCCUCUUUUGCUGUGUGAUUAAAGAAAUAAAAGGCGAGGGUUUGUCCAAAGAAGAUUGUGCUUCAGAGUCCAGUUCAAGUGGCAGCUCCCACGCCAAUUCCACCUCCAACACAUCCUCUGCAGGUGUAACGUCUUUGCGCUCUGAAUGGAAGGUUCUGGAGGAGCUCUGCUCAGUCCUCAAACCUCUGGACGUGGCGUGCCGGACUCUCGCCAAGGAGGCGUUCCCCCGACUGUCC